GUAAAAACUUAAAUGCAGCCCACAUGCUACUGUAGGGCAAAAAUGGCUCUUCCCCCGCUUAGAUUAAUCUCUUCGUCUAGAUUCUAGGGUUUCCCUUUCUCUCUCCCCCUCGUGAGAACAUCGCCUCUACAAUUUGUCCGCUUACACACUCUCCUCUACUUACAUUUGUAGCCAGUACACAUAUGUACUCAAUAUAUCACUGGUUGUUUAUCUGUAUUGUUUUCUUGUUCGAUAUGUUCUUUUCAUCUGCUACAUAGAUUUUUGAUUCGAGAGUAAGAAAUUAAUGGCGGCGAAGGAAUUAGAGCAAACCGAUAGCGAUCUCUUCAAUAAGGAAGAGAAUGCCGAGAACCCCCUUGAACCGGAUUCAUUGGAGGAAAAAAAUCACGAUAAAGAUUUGAAAUUGGACUCCACUAUGGACAUCUCUGGAAAAAUUUUGGAUUUUCCUCUGAUUAAUGGCGAAGAUAGCCCAGUAGAGGAGGUGUACAUGUACAAGAAUGAGUUGAAUUUAAUCCCGAGGGACGUGGGGAGGUUUAAGGGUUUGAAAACCCUAAAAUUCUUCUCGAACCAAUUGAAUCUGUUUUCCCAGGAGUUUGGUAACCUGGGUGGCUUGGAGCACCUGCAAUUAAAGGUGGCGGCACUUGGAGUGAACGGGUUGGAGUUGAGUAAAUUGAGGAACUUGAAAGAGCUGGAGCUUAGUAGAGUACCUCCUAAGCCCUCUGCGUUCCCGAUUUUGAGUGAGAUUGCUGGGCUCAAGUGUUUGACGAGGCUCUCUGUUUGUCACUUCUCGAUAAGAUACCUACCUCCCGAAAUUGGCUGUCUUGAUAAGUUGGAAUACUUGGAUCUUUCUUUUAAUAAGAUGAGGAGCUUACCAAAUGAAAUCACUUUGUUGAAAUUAUUGAGAUCACUGAAGGUUGCCAAUAAUAAAUUAAUUGAUCUACCUUUGCAUCUUUCACGCCUGCAAAAGUUGGAUAACUUGGAUCUAUCAAAUAACCGGUUGACAUCCUUGGAGUGCUUAGAUCUUGAAUCCAUGCAUAACCUUCGGAUACUUAAUCUUCAGCAUAAUCAACUAAGUAGAUGUCUAAUACCUUCAUGGAUAUGCUGCACUAUGGAGGCGAAUGUAAGAGACCUACUCAAUGAUGAGUCUACGGAGAUGGAUGUUAAUGAAGAUGUCAUAGAGAUUCAUGGGUCUUCUGUUGCACGAUCAAGUAAUAUAAGUGGAUUAUUGCCUAAUAGUCGUCGGUGUUUAGCUACACGCAGGCCAGAAGGAUGGAAACGUCGGUAUAAUAUGCGAACAAAAGCACAAGGGGAGAGGUCAAAUAAUAGCAAAAAGUGGAAAGUUGAUACUGCAGCACAAAUAUCAUCAGACAAAUGUCUGACUUGUAAAGUCUCUCCCCGUAGUGAUAAUGCCCCAUCAAAAGCUUUAUCAGUAGAAGGUGAGAGGCAUGAGAACUCACUCACUAGUCCCGCGGAUGAGAAUAUUAGUGCGACUAAAGAGUCUGAAAGUGGAUGUUCAUGUUUUGUGGCUGACUCUGAUGGGAUGUCCAAGGAGAUUGAGGAUGAUAAUUCCGGGCAUAAAGCAAAAUCGGACUCUCUUUCUGAUGAUGGUGUGGUACUAGAUGGAAGUUCAUCUUCUAAAUCAUCUACUUGUGUUUCAAAGUCAAAAAGGCAUUCUGAGAAGGAUCUUGAUAAUCCCAAGCCCACUAAAUCUCAAAGGCCAACCAAUGAUCCCUCAUAUUUAUCAUGCCAAUAUAGUGAAAGAUCAUUCUGCGGGAUUGCAGAUUAUUUACCCGACGGCUUCUAUGAUGCUGGGCGAGAUCGACCUUUUAUGCCACUUGGCAGCUAUGAGCAAAAUCUGCACAUGAACUUGCGGGAGGUUGUUCUUCUUGAUCGGCAAGUGUUUCCCCCCCAUCGCUACUAGCCUUUAUUAUUGAACUGAAUGUCUUACUGUCACAUAGUGGGAUGCAUUGGGAUGAAGGGAAUUGGAUGAAGAGUUAGAUGCCAUACUGUUGCGUGCUCGAGCAUUCUUGUCUCGAUUUAAGCAUAUGACCAAUUCCAUAUAUGGGCAUACGGAGGUUGCAAUAGAUAAUUUGCAGAUAGCUUCAUUGCUUGCUCUGUUUGUAUCGGAUCAUUUUGGAGGAAGUGAUAAAAGUUCUGUUCUUCAGAGGACCAGAAAAGCUAUUUUGGGUUCGAACCAUAUGAAACCUUUUGUUUGUACAUGCACAACUGGAAUCAUUAGCGAUAGGGAUAAGGUCUAUGAGCUGGGUGUGGACAUUGAAGAAGAUGUUAUUUUUCAUGAUAUCUGUGAGAAGUCUAUUAAAUCUGUGAAAGAGAGGCGCAAUUCUAUUAUCGUUCCUAUUGGGGGUAUGCAGUUUGGUGUUUGCAGGCAUAGAUCAUUGCUGAUGAAGUAUCUGUGUGAUCGAAUGGAACCUCGAAUUCCUUGUGAGCUUGUCAGGGGUUACUUGGAUUUCUCUCCUCAUGCAUGGAAUGUAAUUGUUAUGGAAAGGGGUGACUCGUCGUCCCGUAUGAUAGUUGAUGCAUGCCAUCCCCAUGACAUCAGAGAAGAAACUGACCCCGAGUAUUUUUGCAGGUAUAUCCCCUUGAGCCGUAUGAGUGACACUUUUGUCACUGAUCCUGAUGCUAGUCCUAACUGUUCGUUUCCCUCACUAUCUUCAUGUGAUGAAAUUGUGAAAGUGGGAUCAACAUCCAUGAUGCGCUGCAAUAUUAGGGAACUUGAGGCUGCAGUGAAGGUCCGAACCAUGGAAGUGAGUGGGGCUUCUGCCAAUGAAGUCCGGAACUUUGAGUUCAGUUGUUUAGGGGAAGUGAGGAUGUUGAGUUCCAUAAAACAUUCAUGCAUUGUAGAAUUUUAUGGCCAUCGGAUCUCGUCCAAGUGGUCUGCGACUCCUGAUGGAAAUCCUGGCUGCCGUACUUUAGAGUCAGCUAUAUUGAUGGAGUAUAUAAAAGGAGGCUCCCUGAAGGACUAUAUGGAGAAAUUAUCAGGUGCUGGUGAGAAGCAUGUUGCCCCUGACCUGGCAUUGACUAUUGCCAGGGACGUGGCUUUUGCGCUGUCCGAGUUGCAUUCGAGAGACAUUAUUCACCGUGACGUGAAAAGCGAGAACAUUUUGGUGGAUCUCGAGAGGAAAAGGCCUGAUGGCUCUCCUGUGGUUAAGAUAUGCGAUCUCGAUCGAGCGGUUCCUGUUCGUUCUCACCUGCACACGUGCUGUAUUGCACAUGUUGGGGUGCCUCCGCCUGAUGUUUGUGUGGGGACCCCUCGAUGGAUGGCUCCCGAGGUGUUUCGUGCAAUGCAUCAGCGGAAUUUCUACGGCUUGGAAGUGGAUAUCUGGUCAUUUGGUUGUGUGCUUCUGGAAUUGCUGACUCUACAAGUCCCUUAUGCUGAUUUACCCGAACCCGAAAUACACAAUUUUCUACAGAGGGGAGAACGGCCCAAACUGACGGACGAGCUGGAAGCAUUGGCCCAAUCUGAUAGCAAGCUGGAGACUGAAUCCGAAACCCUAAGAUUUCUUGCUAAGUUGUACCAUCAGUGUACAGAGAAGAAUCCUGCUGAUCGUCCAUCAGCCAAUAAAAUCUAUGAUUUAUUGGCUGAACGUGCAAGGUCUGUUGCAGGUUCUACAAGCUCAAAGCAAGAAUAGUUCAUUUUUUAUUUUUUUUUCCUUUUUAACUUGUAUCCCAGAAUCUUGUAGCCUCUGGGAAUUCAAUAGGUUCGUUAUUUGAGUCGUGUUCAAGUUAUGGACCAUCAGGCAAUUUUAUUGCUAUCUAAGAUAGAAUUUGAUUGGAUUAACAUUCAUCAUCUCACUAAUUAUCUGUAUUAGUGGGAAUGCAACAAUUUGAAUUAUAUCGAUUUCAUUUACAGACUGGGUUGGAUUUUGACAUAUUUGCUUAUUUUGUAUUUGUACGUUUGUCGCGAUUAAACUCUCAUUUUCUUGAAAUAGAAAGGUUUUGAAGUUUGAUGGGAU